AUGGCCACGCAGACACUUCACGCCCAUGCCAGGCAAGGCUCCAACACGAGCUCGACAAUGUCCAUGGGCAUGUCGUACCCGCCUGCGCCUGGCUCGCCCACUCUGACGAAUCCCGACAUGAUUCUACCAGACUACGGCGGCGGCUCCCCUGACCGAUCCGAAUCGCCCCUCAUGAUGUGGAAGAAUGCCCAUGCCAGCGAUGCCAACUAUCAAUCUUCCUCCCUGAACCACUUUGGUUCGGGGCCCAUUACGCCCACGACGCCCAUCAUCUACGGUAACGGCACGAUGCUGUCCGAUAUUGGCGAGGUGACUGAAGUCGAAAGCACCGUCGGCAAGCCUUCCUGGCCUGUUGCUCCACGUCGCCAUGUCACACAGCCCGAUUCAACAAAAGACACCAUGCUGCAGCCCUCACCCUCCGUGGCUCUUGAUGCAAUGAAGAGGCGUGCCAAGGUUCAGCAAUUGAGACGCGCAUCCAUCGAUUCGACAAGUACCGUCACCACACAGGGCAACAAUGGCCAUUUCGCCGAUUUUGACGACGAUGUCAGCGUUGACGACAGCAACUUCCAGGGUGAUGAUGAAGAGAGCGUUGCCGAGUCGCACAUUGACGACACCACUGCCCGGCAGGCCAAAUUCAUGCCCUUGCCUCCGGGCCAGGGCUUGGGAAUGAACAAUGAGAACAGACACUCUACAGUUUCCAUCAGCCAGAAAGCGGAAGAGAUCCUAGCCAAUGCUAAAAAGAGGCUCACGACUAUGGAAGGCAACUUGUCGAGAGCACGCACGUCACUGGAUACGGUCUCUACGCCUCCACACUCUUCUGUCGGAUCAGGAACCCCAUCCCCCCCAAUCGCGAGGUCUGCUUCUGCAGCCACUUCUCCCAGGUCCGCACCAGGGCACUUCCGCAUGAGGAGCGAAGCAGAAACUAACAGCGACAACGCUGGAGACUACACCAAACGGUCGGCUAGUGCUCUUGGUGCUGCAGGAGGAUAUCGGCAGCCUCUUCCUGGGUCUCAGAGCAUGGGUGAUCUCGGUCGCCCCUAUGUCCGGUCGAAGAUUUCACAGCAACCAAUGUUGAGCACAGGGCUCGAGCCUUUGGGGGAGGAGAACGACCCACAGAUGCAAUCGAAACGUGACAGCGCCGUGCUCGACGCCUUUUUGAGCCCAACAUUCGGUCCUCAUACGCAGCUUCAACCAGACAAGGGCUUGACCCGAUCGGCUUCAGUCAUGCAGAUGCGGGAUAUCAAGGAUCAGGUGUCCGAUCUGAAGGGGGAAAAUCUCUUCGGCUACGAGAACAGGGCACGAGCGGACAGUCUGAAGCGGCGAGUCUGCAAAGCCUGGCGGACACCUAGUCCUUUUCACGCAUGCAGGACCGACCAUGAUUACGUGGCGGCACAAGAAGCCCUUCGCGCAGAGGAUCGACUCCAAACCGACUCGGACGGGCAGGAGGAGUACGAAGACGAUGUUGAUGACAUGCAGACAGAGGACGGGUUCGAAGACGCUGAAGAGGGAACCUUUGGCGACUGGGACAGCGAAAGUGGAGAAUCUCUAUACCACGAUGCGCCGCAGACAGCCGUGUCUCACGAAGACCGAGAGGAUGCUUUCGAUUACGAGCAUUUCUUCCUACACAGCGCCAUGGGAUCGUUCAGUCAGAAGCGCAUGAAGCGGAGAGGUAGCAGCAGUAGCUUCAGCUCCGAGGAUUCGGUUGAGACGACGCGCGGCCCGAGCACCUCAAACGCGGAUCAAGUUGAAGCAACACUGCGCCGCAGAGGCAGCGGCGACACCAUGUCUACGAUGGACUCGUUUGCAACCGCCACCGAAGGCCAAUCCAGCAGGAAGAAUAGCGACGGAGAAGACGAGCCCCAAUUCGCUGUGGCUAGGACGACCGAUGUACGAAUCGAGAGCCCCUUGACAGCUACACGGGCAUCGUUUGGACCGGGCAUCAGCGAAGACAGCUCUUUCAGUGUGCAAACAUCAUCGGGGCCGAUGCGCCAGCGCGCCAGCUCCGUUAUCUAUUCGCGACCCCUGAACCGACCUGCAGCCUCGAGAAGCCGACCUUCAAUCUCCUCUCUCGACUCACCUGCAACACAGCGCAGCUUUCCCUUGGUCAACAGACGGACCUGUAACGGCGUGCCCACGCCCCAGGUGUCUCCGCAAGGAUCGCCCGACCCGGCGCUGAAGAGUGUGUCUGAGAGCUUGAUGAACGACACGGCAAGCAUCUGCGGAAAGGAUGGCGAGGCAGGGGACAAUGCUGCUAUACAACAGCUGGCCAAGGAAGAUCAGAUUCUUGUUGAGCGACUUGUGGCCAGCCUUGGCAAAUGUGUCCUUGGGCUCAGCGAGUCGGGCAGGGCGUCGACGGAGAGCCGCAUGUACAGGCGACGCAUUGAUGCGGCGAGAAAGCUCCUCGAGGGCUUGGAGUCGAUAUAA